UGACAGUCACUGAGGAUGGACUUUUAAAAAAAAAAAAAUUAAAAAAAAUUCAACUCUCGCGAUACAUCUGCGGUGAGAUCUCGCCCAUGCAUUAUACUGCUGGAAACCCCGUCUAGUCUUCCUUUCUCAACAUGGCACCGAAGGUGAAGAAGGAAGUGGUCCCUGCCAAGACAGAGGCCAAGUCAAAGGCCCUGAAGGCCAAGAAGGCUGUGCUCAAGGGCGUACACAGCCAGAGGAAGAAGAAGAUCAGGACUUCUCCCACCUUCCGUCGCCCUAAAACCCUUCGUCUGCGCAGACAGCCCAAGUAUCCCCGCAAGAGUGCUCCUCGCAGGAACAAGUUGGAUCACUAUGCCAUCAUCAAGUUCCCCUUGACAACAGAGUCCGCCAUGAAGAAGAUUGAGGACAACAACACACUUGUGUUCAUUGUGGACGUCAAGGCAAACAAGCACCAGAUCAAACACGCUGUCAAGAAGCUGUAUGACAUUGACGUCGCCAAAGUCAACACUCUCAUCAGGCCUGACGGUGAGAAGAAGGCGUACGUUCGUCUUGCACCAGAUUACGAUGCGUUGGAUGUUGCAAACAAGAUUGGCAUCAUCUAAACUGUCAGACUUGUGGAAGAAUAAAUAUUUGUAUAAACAAAACCA